GCAUCUCCAUCUCAACAACCUGCUGUGUUUUGAUCCUCUUCAGUCAGCUAGAAUCAGAAGUUAUGCAAUCUAUGGAGAAUUUCGCCUGCUCGUCUUUGUAUCCAGGACUUGAUCAAUACAGAACACCACAACCAGGGGCUCCCCCUGGCAAUAUUGUGGUGGUUGUCCCUCCAAAUAAUGCUGAGCAAGAGCAGAAGAAAUUCCCAAGAGGAAAUGAAGCACUGGGGGCUAUGCAGAUUGUUAUUGCAAUGAUACACAUUGCACUUGGAGGCAUAUUGCUGUUUUCUGCAAAAGAAUUUGUUCCCUUGACCAUGACUGUCUGGUUUCCCUUCUGGGGUGCUGGGCUUUUCUUUAUUUCAGGGUACCUUGCAUCAGCAGCUGCAACAAAACCAGUUGAAGGUCUGGCGGCAGCCAGUCACAUUUUUAAUAGCUUCAGUGGCCUUGGUGCAUUAGCUGGUAUAUGUCUUUUGACGAUUGAUUUGAUAAAAAUUUUCAUCUUAAACCAUCAAGAGGUUUCCAUCCCAGUCAUGAAUGCUAUUGGCUUUUUAUCCAAAUAUAUUGUCGCUUUACCCUGUGAAGGACUGCCUAAUCCUGCAGACUACUGCAAGACCAUCAAGGCAUAUGAAACAGGGAUGCUAUCGGUGAUGCUGAUCUUCACUGCCCUCCAGGCUGUGAUUGCUUUUUCCACUCUCCGCUCUAACUCGGAUAAAACGAAGAAAGACAAGUCGUAUAAAGACAACGAAGAACAAAAUGUUGCAUUGCUGGCACUCUCACAGCGGCGCGGCGCUGAAUUCACUGCCCCACCACAGUAUGCCACUACAGAUGCAAACAGAUAUUCAGAACUUCCUGGGAACUUCCAUGGAAACAUGUUUGAGAAUCAAUAUUGCAGUAGGAAUGCUUCUUCAUCAUGUGCUCUGUGAAGGCUCAGUCAUUUCCAUUUUUCUUUGCUACUAUGUUUGAUUGUACACUUUCAAUUUUCUUGUUGUUAAGUUCAACAUCUUUAUGCAGCAGCACCUAGUUACUUUAUAUUUAUUCUACUUUGUUAUUCAUUUUGAUCUGCCAUACCUACUGCCAGAGAUCGCUGAAGCCUCACCCUGCAGAGAUGGCUUCCUUCCAUUGCAGGAAAUUUGACGACUUGGUUGUGUGGGUGGAAGGAUGUGAAUUUUCCUCUAUGUAUAGCCUUCUCUUUUCUGUUCUUUUGAAAUCUGGAUUUCCUUUCCCUUUUAGAACUGCCAGGGACUUUUACACAUAUGGCUUUGAGCUCACAUUCCCUCCAGAAUGGAGGGUGUGAGUCCACAUGUCAGCUGGAUUUACCCCAAAGUCCCUGCGAGCUAUCAGGGACCAAGACACACCUGAUUCUGCUUUCCCCCAGAUUAAUGCUGUGCAUUCCAGCUUGGCCCGAAUUAUGUCCGGGGUGAAAAAAUCCUCUAUUUGCGGCAGCUUUGGGCGUGGCGGGGGACCAAGCUUUCUGGUAUGCCCCGCUGCUUCUCCCGCAACGUGUGGAGGGGCCAUUGCCAUUAAUUCGGCUUUUUUCAAAACUCGCACUUUUUGCAAGGCUAAAUGAAGGGGAGUUUGACAGCUGUUUCGGUAUGGUCUGCUCUGAGUGAUUUGCAGUUGUGAGAGCUGACCGGGGAGGGGUUGUGGCAGAUUGGUGAAAUUCUGUGGAGGGAGUCCAUAAGGGGAAGGGGAGGGAGAAACUCCUGUGUUAAAUGCAAGCACAAAUGGGAAUGCAAGAUGUGGGUCUUCAUAUGCUUUCAACAUGUGCUGCUACUCCAGUCUUUCAGCUAUGUUUAUUAAUUCAUAUAUGAGGCUUUGUCUUAUUGAAGCCUGGUCACCACAGGAACAUAGGCUUUACAUAUGCAGAUGUUGUUGGAGGAUGCCUGGAACUUAACAAUGGAGACUACAGGUUCGAUGUAACCUGAGCCCUUUGUGUCUGGGCUGAUUCCAUGAGACUGCAUGUUUCUUCAUCACAGAGAGAAAACAAUCAUUUCUACUUUAAACUUCCAUGGCCUCUUAAAUGGUCUGGGAGGUGCUGAAGACAGUCGCAAAGGCAAGUUCAAAAUGUCAGAUCCGGCAGGUUCAGGUUAAGCAUUCUGUUUGAUCUGGCUGCUUGGCAACUUGUCUCACCAAUCUUCCACAACUAGCUGUCAAACUAACAACAACAAAAAAGCCUCCUCCUCUGGGAUGUGAUUGGUUGGAGAAAAAACCCAGAGCGAGCUGUGGGAAUACACACAGGAAAAAGAUCCGCAGGGAAUGCUAUGUGAACUAAUCACCCAAAUUAAACAGCUGUGAAUCUGCUAUGAAGCAGAUUUGCUCUUUGGAUACCACAAAGCAUGAAGCCAAAGCUGGAUAACUCCCAGCAGCUGCUAAUGUUGUUGCUGGAAGCAUCUCCCCACAAAAUCCAUGCCUGUCUUAGCAGUUGUAGAUUGGGCAGGCUCCUAAAAUGGACCCUAAAAUUUCUAUACCUGCCUCUGUUAGGUGGAUUAUGAAUUGGUAGGCUAAGGCGUAAUGCUGCUGUGGUGAUGAGAAAAAACACUCUUCUGAAUAGUGAAGAACAUGUUGUGUGUAUGCAGUACUAAGGAUGGAGUAAUAAGAUCAUGUCCAUGCUUCUCUGGAUUAUAGAACCAUAGUGGUGUUUGGAGUACAUUGUUGACUCUGGGCUCAUUAGAUACACGCCUUCAUGAAGUAAGCAUGGUGGACAUCCUCUACUUGCAAGGCCUUUUCAAUAGUGGCACCAAUUUUGUGGAAUGCCCUCCUGUUGGAGACCUGCCUGGACUCUACACCUACACUGUACCUUCAGGAGCCAAGCAGUGGUCCCUCUAAUUUUUUUCAUCUUUGUGCGGAAUGAGUUUUGUUCUAGGCGGGAGUAUCAAAGCCCUGUGUGUGCAGAUGCAUUCAGAGCAGAGCGGGGCUUUCCUAAUUCAACCUGAGUGGGAUCUAAAUUUACUGAGCGGACAUUGAAAAACUUGUGAGCGCAUGCACAUCUUAGAUGGAACAGUGGAGCCAAACUAAACUGUGUCUUUUUAAGUUACCUGUUUGGCAGUGGCUGAUGUUAAAACAAGUUGUUACUGAUAGAUGGUUUUUGUUGAUUUUUUUUGCACAUGCCGUUUGUGUGGGUUUUAAAAAAAAUGUUUUUGUUUUCCUAAGCUUCUUUAUUUUUGAAUGAAAUGUGAGGUGAUGUUUUAGAACCAAUAAACUUUUAUAAUUGUU